UUUCGGGCGGAGUCGCGGAGGAACGGUUUAUAUUGGGGAGCAUUCCGGCGGACAGAGCUGGGUUCCUCUGCGACUGGUCGGGAGUUGGUUACCACACGGAGGGAGUCCGCCGAGGAACGACUAAAGGAACACCUUUACAGGAAGUAAAUCAAAAUGCCUUCAAAUAAAGACGAUGGCGGAUGGAAGAAGUUGCUGUGGGAUUCGGAGAAAGGAGAGCUGCUCGGUCGUACCGGUAGCAGUUGGUUCAAAAUUCUGUUGUUCUAUGUCAUUUUCUACGGGUGCCUGGCUGGGAUCUUCGUCGGAACCAUCCAAGCCAUGCUGCUCACCCUGAGUGACUACAAGCCCACCUGGCAGGACAGAGUCGCACCCCCUGGCCUUACACACACUCCACGAUCAGACAAAUCUGAAGUGUCCUUCAACGUCAAUGAAAUGGAGACCUACCUGCCUUACACCAGGGCCUUGAAGGACUUCCUGGCCAAGUAUGAUGAUGAAAACCAGAGGGACCAGAUGAAGUUCGAGGACUGUGGAGAUGAGCCUGCAGAGUACAAGAACCGGGGCGACUUGGAGAGCGAUGUGGGCGUCAGGAAGGCCUGUCGUUUCUCCAGGACCUUGCUGGGACCCUGCUCUGGCAUCGAGGACCGCGAGUUUGGUUUUAAGGAGGGCAAGCCCUGCCUGAUUGUAAAGCUCAACAGGAUUGUCAACUUCCGUCCAAGGCCUCCUACCUCUAAUGAAAGUAUCCCUGAAGAGGCUCAACCCAAGGUGCAGCCCAAUGUCAUCCCGAUCUUCUGCACCCACAAGAAAGAGGAGGAUGCUGGUAAAAUUGGGGAGAUUAAGUACUACGGUAUUGGUGGCGGCUUUCCCCUGCAGUAUUACCCCUACUACGGCAAGCUGCUGCACCCUCAGUACUUGCAGCCGCUGGUGGCACUGCACUUCACCAACCUGACCCUGAACACCGAACUGCGCAUUGAAUGCAAAGUGUUUGGAGACAACAUCGACUACAGCGACAAGGACCGCUACCAGGGACGCUUUGACAUCAAGCUCCAGGUUAACAGUUUAUGACCGUCAUCAGGACCAUAGCACUUUCCCUGACAGCCCCUCCCCCCUCUGCCCCCUUUUGUCCUUAACUAAAUACCAAUCUAAUGUAGGAGAUAAUAAGUGAGGGGGUUAGGCUGUAGCGGUUAAGUCAAUCACAACUAGUCUUGAAUAAAUGAGAGAAAAAUCCGGAUAGGGGACCGAUGUGUAAUCUGUCUGCUUUCAUCACUAGCUUCUACACUUCUGUUUAGCGUUAGAAUGUAAUUUUAGAGGAAAAGUAGCAAUAGACCUAAUGAAAAUAUUUAUUCUGCUGUAAAUGAGACUUUUCCACAAGCCAUGGGACAUUGUUCAUUGAUGACUGUGAAGUUUAAUUCCAUCUCUGACACGUAGCGAGCUGUGUUUGUCCCCUCUGCAUAUCGCUGCCUUGUGUGGUUUCAGUAGAUAUUUUUGGAGUUUGCAGUAGUCGCAAAAUCGGGUCCUUCCAAACCACGCUGUUCUCAUUUUCUUCUGUGAGCAAGCUUUAGCUGUUCUAGGCAUGUGUGUGUCAGACAAACACACACUCCCACUUACUUGAUUGAAAUUGUUUGACAUGGUACACUCUUGUGAUCUGUGUAAGGAAAAGGCUGCACUCCAGGGAACUUCUUUCCUCUUUUUAUUUGUCUUUUACAUCUGAUCAUGGGAGACUUUAUUUUCUUUUUGUGCUUCGUUAAAUCUCUUAAACGUGUGAAGGAGUUUUAUUACUUGGUAUCAUGCCUUCUACUUUUGAUUUUGCCUUGAAUUUAGAGUUGUGUGUCCAGCCUGUUAGACACUUUGUCCUGCUGUAAUGGUGUGGCGACGGUGCUAACUUUAGUUUUUAAGAUUUUCUUUGUUUUUUUUUUUUUUUUUUUUUUUGUUUUUUUGCUGGAUUCUUCACAGCAUUGUGGUGUAACUCUUGAGUGUUUAGCCAUUAAACAUGGUGGAAGAAUUUUAUAUUUAUGCAGUUGUACAUUUUUGUUUCUUUGCAGAAUAUUGUAAUGUAUAAAUGCAAUACCAAAGUGACGAGUUUAAGCGACGGGUCUUUAUCAGAAGCAAUGCAGUACUCGUUUUUAGGAUCUCAUGUUGAGUGCUAAAGUCAUGUCAUGUCUUGCCUUGCAACCUUUCAAUGGUUAACUCUUGAUUUGUGUUUUGGCCAUGAAUGUAGUUAGGUGUAGAAUGAACAGGUAACGGGCAGUUUAAUUCCACAAUGACCUGAUGUUCAUGCAUUUAAAAAAAUAAAUUAGAGUUCUUACAGAGCUCAGUGGCUUUAGCUGAUCAAUGAUGUUUGCUUUAAUAUUCUAUAAGAUCUCAUGUUAAUGUGAAACACUUGACUUGAACUUUAACAUCAGUCAACUUUCCAUCAGUUCAUCCACCUUGUCAUUAAUCAAAGAUAGAAACCAAUAAAGUCAAAAUGGACGUUU